AUGAGGGAAAACAUUAGAGACUGCAUUGUCUCCCAGAUUGGUAAUGGCGCUUCCACGUCCGCCUGGUAUGACAACUGGCACCCUGUUGGUCCCCUAUACUGGCAUAUAUCCUCCCGCAAUAUCAUUAAUUCUAAUUUUCCUCUCCCUGCUCCUGUGAAGGAUAUCAUCUUCCAGGGUAUUUGGAACUGCCCUCUCCUGAGGGACAGUCCCAACCCUUUAAUCCGCAAUUCCCCUCUUCCUGUCCUUUCCUCUAAUGCCCCUGAUAAACUCCUCUGGAGAACCAGGGAUGGUUGGCUCACGCCGUUCUCUAUUUACGAGGUUUGGCUCUCCCUCUGUCCUAAUGAGCCGGAUGUCUCCUGGCAUCACUUAGUCUGGUUUUCCCAAAAUAUUCCCAGACACGCGUUUAUUCUGUGGGUUGCCCUUAAGCAGCGUCUCAAGAUGCAUGACAAGCUUCGGUUCUGGGAGGGCCACUCCAACCUGUCUUGUGCUUUCUGUCAUAACGGGCCUGAUUCGUAUUCUCAUCUUUUCUUUGAGUGCCCGUUUUCUAAUCAGGUUUGGAAUGGUUUAAAAGCCAAGCUUAACCUCUCUGGUGUCCUGGAUAACUAG